CGUAUCUCAGAGUCUACUGCUGCUUGCUCAAGCUUUUAUCCUACACAACCCAAACCACAGCCAUGGAAGCAUCAAACCCCUCCAAGAAGCCUUCUGGCAGCCAACAGAGCUCGACCUCAACUGUAGUAAGCCAAGGAAGCAGCCAAACCCCAACCAGUGGUCAACAGAGCCAGGGAAGUGGACAAGACAGUGGAUACCAAGGGCAAACUGGCAGCAGCUCCCAGUAUGGCAUCGGAAAACAACAAGAUCCAAGCAGUGGCCAGCAGGGUUGUGGAUACCAACAAGGACAGGGUCAGAGCAGUGGCCAGCAGACUGGGGGAAGUCAGGGCAGUGGGCAACAAAGUUGUGGAACACAGCAAGGAGGACAGAGUCAAGGACGUGGACAGGAUUCUUCUUAUAACUUUAGGCAAGGAAAAGAUAAGCAAUAGACCUGUGGUUUGCACUCCAAUAUCUAUGUAUACCUGAUGAUAAAUACUG